GGAGAAACUGACAAAUAUCCGGGUAAACCAGUCCCGCGUGCGCAUCUGGUGGCUGGAAUUCGGCUACCACCGGACCCUGCGGGUGAACUUGUUUUUGCUGCAAAAACUGACGCUUUCGCUCUGGCGGAAGGAAACGGUCCGGGACUCCAAGAUCGUGAAGUCGUUUCAAGAACGGUGGUCUUACUUCAACUACUUCAGCAACUUCUUGGAGUUCCUCUGGAACGGAAUCCUGGAUAAAAGAAACCGGGCGCGCAUCCACUUCACGAAACGACAGAAGCGGGAGAUUGUGAAGGCGUGGCAAACCUCGGCGUGGAUCGCGAGACAGACGCGGAGGUUCACGAAGUUAGCCUCGGUGUUUUCCUCCUCGACCGUGAUGCGCAACGCUUUCAACCGGUUAUCAAAUGUAAAAAUGUCUGGGUCUGAAAGGUUGCAAGACUUGUCAUGCAGGUUGUCCAUGAUGCGCGAGGUCUGUCAUACACGACCUAGCAUGACAGAUUCUGUGCGACCUCUAUCAUGCCUAUCCUGCAUGAGAAAUUGCCUCUCGAUUAGGUCAAAAGUGGAAAGCUUUUGGCACUCAUGCAACACAGAUUUUUGCAUGAUUCGGAUUUAGCAUGAGAAGUUGCAAUCUUCCAGACCCAGACAUUUUUGCAAUGCAUACCGGUGGAUCCAGUACCACGAGCAGUUCCAGUUCUUCGCGCAGCAGCGGCAGAAGGCGGCAGCGCAUCACAACCUUGUCGUGUUCAAAACGGUGGGGAAGAAAUGCUUGAAGGAGUGGGGCAAGCUGCUGAAAUUCGUGCAAUCUGCAAGGGACAACGCGUUUCUCUUAGGCGAGAAGUCCAACGAGGACAGACUACAAUUCACCUUUGAAAACUGGGUGCGGGCAGUGGAGGAGCUGAAGCACGAGCGCGAGUUGCUGAAGAUCCUGCG